UCCCGAUUUUGGGCUAUUCUCAUCGGGAUCGAUGCUUACGACCGCACUCCCUUGCGUGGUUGCGUAUCAGACGCAUUAUCAGUGAAAAGCUUCUUAACCACAAAUCUCCAUGUACCAGAAGAGCGUAUUCAGUGUCUCCUCAGCCCCAUCCCUGGCAAUCCCCUGACUCCCUCUCGCGAAAACAUCGUAAAGGUGCUAUACGAUCUUAUUAACAAGCCUGAAGUUGAUCCGGGGGAUAAUAUUCUCAUCUACUUCGCCGGGCAUGGCGCCAGCUACUACUGUGCGGACCACUUUCGGAAAUUCCUAGCUCUCUGCCCCCUCGAUCGUGACACCUUAGACGCCAGAGGACGUUACGUACCCAACAUCAGCAACCGAGAGCUCGACGCCCUCUUCACACAAAUAUCCCGCGUCAAAGGGCAUAACAUCACGUUCAUCGCGGACUGC